AUGGCCCCUAGAAAGCGGUCAUCCUUUGUCCAGGACAUCAGCAGAUCCCCAGACAAUGAGGUUCCGGAUCCCGGCAAGGAGAAUGGAAAGAAGCCAAAUAAAUCCCAGCAGCUGAAGAAAGUUUUUAAGGAAUAUGGAGCAGUGGGAGUUGGGUUCCACGUUGGAAUUUCCUUGAUGUCCCUGGGAAUGUUCUACUUGGCUGUGUCAAGUGGAGUGGAUAUGACCGCACUGCUUUUUAAACUGGGCUUUGAUGAAGCUCUUGUACAAUCCAAGUUGGCCGCCGGGACCAGCACUUUUGUAUUGGCCUACGCUAUCCACAAACUGUUUGCCCCAGUCCGAAUCAGCAUCACCUUAGUCUCAGUGCCAUUCCUGGUAAGAUAUUUUCGGAAGACAGGCCUCUUCAAGCCUCCAGCUCCAAACCCUUGAUUAAAUCCUCAGAGAACAGACUGAUGCCUCAUUUCUUAUUGUGAGCCUUUGAAAAUUGU